CACGGUCAGCUGAAAGCUAUUUUUGGAUUUCACGCUGUAGUACGGCGUUCUGCGCCAGUUUGGAUAGUCGAGAACUGUUUUGUGCUGAUUUUAGAAUCUUCCAAGAUGAACCCGCGGUGUGCUCGAUGUACCAAGACUGUCUAUCCGAUGGAAAAGCUCAACUGCCUUGACAAGUACUGGCACAAGACCUGUUUCACCUGCGAGAUUUGCAAGAUGACUUUAACGAUGAAGAACUACAAAGGAUACGAUAAAAAUCCCUACUGUCAAGCGCAUUAUCCCACCACAAAAUUUACAACAGUUGCUGAUACUCCGGAGAAUUUACGACUGGCACAAAAUACAAAGAAACAGAGCAAUAUUCAAUAUCACAAAGACUUUGAAGCACAGAAGGGACAUUACACAGCAGUUGCUGAUGAUCCAGAGACAAAGAGAGCCCAGCAGAGUAGUAAAAUAGCCAGUCAAGUGGCCUAUACCCAACACUCAUCAGGGCAAAGUCGCCUUGGUAUUCAGCAGCGUUCAGAGGCUGAAGUGAAACAAAUCCAAAAUCAGCGGCGUUUGUCUCAGGAACAUCCCAUGGCAACUGAGCAAGUUCGCCAACCUCCACGUGAACCAGAACCACCAGCGCCAAGUAUGCCAACUGCCGCACCAGUGACAAGUGGGCCGAAAUAUCGUGCGUUAUACGAUUACAGUGCUGCUGAUGAUGAUGAGGUCAGCUUUGUGGAAGAUGACCUUAUCAGUGAAGUGACGGUGAUUGACGAUGGGUGGAUGGAAGGGCGAGUGGAGAGAACAGGGCAGUAUGGAAUGCUGCCAUCCAACUACGUGGAGAGAGUAUGAACAUUGAACUAAGCUUCAUUUUGCCACAGACUGUGCCUAAUAAAUUUGUUCCAUUGACUAGGAACAUUGUGGAAUCACGAGGUCAACUUUUGAUAACCUUGCAACUGUGUCAGUAGAAUUUCUUAACUAACAAACUUAAUUCAUUUUGAAGUGUUUUGGGCCUCACGUUUGUUCUUUAGAGUCCGAAAACAAGCAAAAUCAUAGUUAUCUUUAGUGUAUGUAUGCUUGUAUGAUGGUUAUGACAUAACCGUUAUCAUUAUUUUUGAAGUUUCACAUUCACCUUGAAAUGAAAGUACAUGUUAUACGGUCAGCAAUGCUUUCGAUAAGAUGUGAAUUGGGUGUCUGCCUCGCAACACCUUUCAGAGAACAAAUACAAGAGACCAAUGAGAACUUAUUUUAAAGGUCUUAAUUUUGAAUCAUGUCAACAUAUACCCACCAAGUGGAGGGGCUGAGUAUUACUGGAAACACUGAAUUUGGAGGUGUUUAUCUGGCAGUGAAAUAUGAGGGUCCCUCAGAUCAAGGCACGUCUGAGAAUAACAGCAUGGAUCUCUUUACUUUCAAACUAUUCCUGAUCUCAAAACACUCACCCUACCUUAUGCUGACUAGUAGAAGAAGAAGUGAGGGGCUCACAUCUGAAAUACUUGUGACUCAAUCUGUAGGUCGAUAGUUUUCUGCGAGAAAACUAUUAAGACUUAAGGAAACAGAAAAAAGUACUAUUGACUCUCUAAUACUGACCCUUUGUGCCACAGAAGUGUACUAUUGAGAGGAGGCAUGGGCUUUCAGUAUUAAGGGAUCAAAGUCACUUUGCUGGUUUUGGUUUGUCUUUGUGAUAAAUUGAACCGCUGGUAGUCAACCUUGUUAAUAAUAUUAAACUGAUAUCUAUCUGGCUUUCUAUCAUCUUUGAAGUGAUUUUUAGGUACAACACAUCAGUUAAAUAUUUUUAAACCUGUUUUGGCAGAAACCUCUGCUUUCAAUUUGUUAGAAUGAGCAUUUAAACUCGGUAACAUUUUCUCUGAAGAUUGCAGAAACUGCAGAAGUUUCUGCCUAACAAGUUAACAAUGAUCAAGUUGUAUCUAAAAAGUGUCAACUUGCUGCUGUUAAGUCUGAUUUUUUAUUGCCUUCCAUUGUAUUUAUCACCUUGGCUUAAACUGUUACUGUUGCAUGUUGUAGCUGACAAGAAAGCUAAGAGAAAACAAUUGAAUUAAAUAGUGAAAGGACAGGAAAAGUAUCUGACUUGAUCACUGUGUUGUGGAGCAAAAUACUGUCCAUAAUAAAGAGAUGUUUAUGCUAUU